AUGACUACUGCAGACCACUUUUCUGAAUGUGUAGAGAGUCAUGCCUUUGAAACCUAUGAUAAAUUUAUCAAUGCCAAAGGAGAUGAGUUGAAAAAAAAGCCUGCUCCCGAGGUUGCUAUCAAGUACUAUACUGGAGGUGAUUUAUAUUUGUUUGAUGAAUUUCAAACUGCUAGAGCUCCCUGUUCACGAAGACCAAAAAUAGAUAAUUUGUACGAUGUGUUUGUGAACAUCAGAGAUGAUGAAGCUGAACAUUGCAAGACAAUGAAGGCCUGUCAGACUCACGGAAACCUUCGGUCUCCUCAUUCAUAUGAAGAUUGCUUUGAAGACAUGCCGGAUGGCAUGAUUCGUGAAGCAGAUUGUGAAGGCAUUGUAGACUGUAUAAAGAAAUCUUUUACAACUCAAGUGAAGCAAACCAAGACCGUUGAGUGAACCAGAUGCAGUCAUGUGAGUCAACACAUAGUGACAGAUGAGAUGUAUAUAGUCUAUAAGAAAAUUACAUAGUUCCAACAUAUUGCCUUUGAUUCUUAAAUGUAAGUUCUGUUUAAAAUUUUGGAUAGCUUCCCUGCUUAGAAGGAAGGUUUCCUGUUAGACGUGAUUGAAGAUUUGAAGGCCAUUUCGCA